AAACACUACCCCAUCUUGUAAGAACCAGCAGAUUGAUUUUUCUUCGAAAACAAGCUUUCCCACGCUGGGUCGAGAUUGUCGUCGGACGCCGUCCACCUUUGUCAAGGUUGUUUUCCGGCAAGUAUUGAAGAAGGGUCGAACCCUAGGGCUUUGUCUACUCCCAAAAUCCGUGAUCUCAUCAGAUCAGAACGAAGAUGUUUCUAACAAGGACUGAGUAUGACCGAGGAGUUAACACAUUUUCUCCUGAGGGCCGGCUAUUUCAGGUUGAAUAUGCUAUUGAGGCCAUCAAGCUGGGAUCAACUGCUAUUGGGUUGAAGACAAAAGAGGGUGUUGUCCUUGCUGUUGAAAAGCGCAUCACUUCACCACUGCUGGAGCCCAGCAGUGUAGAGAAAAUCAUGGAAAUCGAUCAGCACAUUGGUUGUGCAAUGAGUGGACUAAUUGCUGAUGCUCGAACACUUGUUGAGCAUGCACGAGUGGAAACUCAGAAUCAUAGGUUCUCCUAUGGGGAGCCAAUGACUGUAGAAUCAACCACCCAAGCUCUAUGUGAUCUAGCCUUGCGAUUUGGUGAAGGUGAUGAAGAGUCAAUGUCACGACCUUUUGGAGUGUCUCUCCUCAUUGCAGGCCAUGAUGAGAACGGACCUAGUUUAUAUUAUACUGAUCCAUCAGGAACAUUUUGGCAAUGCAAUGCAAAAGCUAUUGGUUCGGGCUCAGAAGGAGCCGACAGUUCUCUGCAAGAACAAUACAAUAAGGACCUAACUCUUCAAGAAGCUGAGACUAUCGCUCUAUCCAUUCUGAAGCAAGUUAUGGAAGAGAAGGUGACUCCCAAUAACGUUGACAUUGCCAAGGUGGCUCCAACGUACCAUCUUUAUUCCCCGUCGGAGGUGGAAGCUGUGAUAACUCGCCUGUGAUUGCCGUUUUGCAUAAGAUUUGUUUUUAUUAGUCCUGCGUGGCAAGCAUAGAAUUUGGCAAUCCGACAUGCAGUAGUACUUGUUAUUAUGUUCAGAGUUUGGGAAAAGUUGCAACUCAUGGCAUCUUUUGGGAACUUCAUGUGGGAGAAUUUCAUUAAAAGAUCAUUGAUGCGACCUAUUUAUAAAUGAAGUCUAAAGAAUUCUAAAAAAGAAAAAUA